AUGAAUCUGCUGCAUCAGCCAGGCAGCGGAGGAACCACUCUGGCCAAGCAGGUGCUCUGGGAUAUGCGUAAAAAGCUCAGAUGUGCUGUUCUAACAGGUGCUACCUCAGACUUCACCGCUAUCGCCAAGCAGGUGAUUCACCUUUUCACUGCAGGCAGCCAAGGCCACCAGAACACUGUGCUCUUACUGCUGAAUGAUGUGUGUAUUCAGAAGAAUCUGCAGGAUGCCAUCAUGAAAGAGAUUACAGACCGAAACAUUACAACCCACAUGCCUGUGGUCAUCAUUUUAAACUGUGUGCAUAAGGCAGUUAUCAAACAAGAGGACCAUAACAACUCAAGACAUGUUAUUCUCAGGGCGGAACUUUCUGAAGCAGAGAAACAACAGUUUGAGGAGAAACAGAUUGAGAUCAGUCGAAGCUACAGCAAUGAACACAAACAGUUUCAUGGCUUUAACAUAAUGCGAGAAAAUUUUAGUGAAGAUUAUGUUAAAGAAACGUGUGCCUUUUUAGAUGUCAGGAAAAAAAGAAGGCCUAAAAAAUCCCAGCUUCUUGCAUUCUUAUCACUGGUGAAUGCCUACGUUCCUGGCUCCCACCUUCUGCAGUCUCAAUGUCAGGCAUUCCUGGGGCCUCCAGAUCCCAUUUAUGGAGGUCCUUCCUUUGAGCAGCGAAUGGAGCCUUUCAGUCAUCUGAUAGUGACAUUCCCUUCACAACAGGGACAAGACAAACAUGUCCGUUUGGCUCACCCACUGAUUGCACAGCAGUGUGUUGAGUUACUGGCUACAGCAGGUGUGACCAGAAGUGAUACAGCAAGGAACUUUCUGACAGACUUUUGUAGAGAAGAGGUGCAGCAACAUUUGAUGUCCGUCAUCAAAGAUAUGCUAACUAAGAGGGAAAUCACUGUGGAUGUUAAGCAGAAUGCAGAAUGGAAACGAGACAUGUUAACGAAAAGGGAAAUGAGAGAAGAAAGGAAAAGCAAGUUUUCCAGGUUGAUUCAAGAUAUUGAAGAUACUGAAGGCCAAGAAUCCAAAAGCAACUGUGUAUCUGUUUUACAACUAGCUUCAAAGAAAUUCAAGCAAAACCCAUUCUUUCCUCAAGCUCUUGCUCGUUUCUUUUACAUUGUGAAGAGAGACUAUUCUAAAGCGGAGAAGUGGGCAAAAAUAGCAAAAGACAGAGAUCCCAACAAUUCAUUUGUUGCUGACACACUGGGGCAAGUAUACAAGAACCAUUUGAUGAGCAGAAUGAAAGUAGAGCAGAGUUCCUUCAGGGUUCCCAAACAGCUGGGUUCCAUCUCUGCACAAGAAAUUUUGCAACUAUCAACAAUGGCCUUUGAGGCUUUCAAAGAUGAGGAAUGGGCUGCUGAAAAUGAGCAGGGAGCAGACAUGCAAUACGAUGGUAUUAACAAAGUCUCACACAUCUAUAACAACAGGGGACUAUUUGGUUAUCUACAGGUUGCCAACAUUGUUUUUGACUCACUUGUCUCUCUUGAUAAAAACUGGCAAAAGGUCCUUACCAUGGAAAUAUCCGCUGACUCUUUCUUCAUAUCAAUCGGACAGAAAAAGCUCUUCAAGUACAAGCCACUCAUCAUCAGCCUCAGGGAUGAGGUGGAGAGGAAAUGUGAGUUUUUUGAUGGUUACCUGACUUACUCCAAACCCAGCAUGAAAGAAAAUGAACCGCAUUACUUUCAGACUGAUGUGAAGAACUGCUACUGCAAAUACGUGGGGACAUGCACACCUAUACACUCAGAGUCUGCAAUAGAUGUACCCCUCCAGAAGCUCAAAGAAGAAAUGGCCAUUGCCUUCCCUGGACUGCUUUGCUGUCUUGAUAAGGGCUAUGAUGCAUCUAACUUACGCCGAAUAACAACAUUGUGGGGGGAAAUAAAUAAAAAAAUAAACAAGAAAGAUGGUGACAACAAAGCGUCCCAAAACUUCAUCCUUGCCAACAUCAUCUUAAGCAAAGUGGAAGCAGCAUCUCCAAUUCUUACCCCGUUGCCAAUCCUAAGAAGCAGUCUGGAGAGACAUCUAGUGGCUAAUCUUAGUAACCAAACCCCAGAGUUUUACUUCUUAGUCCUUUUGCUGUUUUGGCCUGAGGAGCAUAAAAAAAUGGAUUUCAAUAUUGACCUCAACAAAUGUGUUCUGGAGAUGCAAGAGUCCUACAAAAACACAUACAAAAAGCAUCUUCGCUCAAGGUACCUUCUCCCCCUUAUUUUCCUGGGUAAGGGUGAGGGUUUGAGCAGACUGGUUCAUAGAGCAAAAAUAGACAACCUAUUGAUAGAGGAGAAUCCAAUGGCAAGGCCAGAGGCAAGGCCAGACCUUAUCUCUCAAAAGUGGAGCAGUGGUGAAGUGUGGAGAGAACCCAGUGUCCAGGACCUUCUUCUUCCAGUCAAUGGAGUGGUUAGACAGCACAAGGUGUUUGCGCACGUUGAUGGCAAGAAGAUUAACGUUUGUGCCGGCCAACAAAGCAAAGUUUGGAAGUCCGGAGACGUCUGCUUCUACCUUGGCUUCACCAUUAGAGGUCCUGUGGCCUACGACAUCAACUACCCAUCCUAUUCACGUAGGAUUAAAGUAUUGAAGUACCGGACAUCGAAUUGA